AUGACGGCAAUGUGUGAGGUCCUAGCCAUGGUCCUUGGCUGCCUCGGCCUGCUUGGGACCAUUCUGACCACAGCUCUGCCGAUGUGGAGAGUCUCUGCCUUCAUUGGGUCCAAUAUCAUAGUCAUGGAGGAAUACUGGGAGGGCUUGUGGAUGAACUGCAUCAACCAGGAAGACUUCAGGAUGCAGUGCAAGGAGUACGACUCGGUGCUGAAUCUUCCGACAGAGCUGCAGGCAGCCAGGGGGCUCAUGUGCGUCUCCAUAGCUCUGGUUGUUAUAGCCCUGGCCUUCACAGGAUGUGGGACUCGAAAGUGCAACUGUUGUAAAGACGACAUGAAGAGCAAGAACGCCACCAUGGCCUUAGGUGGUUGUAUCUACCUGCUCUCCUGUUUGACUGUGCUCAUCCCCGUCAGCUGGGUGGGUCAUACCGUCAUCCAAAAAUUCUACAACCCUGCCAUGAUGGACUCGCAGAAACGGGAGCUGGGGGAAGCGCUCUUUCUUGGCUGGGGUACAUCUGGAGUUCUGCUGCUCACCGGGAUCAUUGUCCUGUUUAGCUACAACAGACGUAGAUCAGAGGAAGAAGAGCAAUAUUAUAUUCAGCCAAAGUAUGAGAGUGAGGACGACAGUGUGAACCUGCAGAGGACACCAUCCAGCAAUUACAAACAUCAAGUAUAUGUGUAA